AUGGAUGGCAAGCCGGUUGCCUGCGUCGACGAGCCACAGGCCAUCCUGAUCUUCAACCUGACAUAUGGCACCGGCAUCUUCUCUACCGAGCUUGCAGCGUAUCUAGCUGCACGGCUGUUACGUGAUCCUAAUGUCAUUGGGCCGGCUGACGGUGACGGCGGCAACGACAAGGACAAGACCUCGGAGACCGACGAUGGGGAGGCGCCCGACGAAGCUUCCCAGCGGCUUAACGAGCUACUCUCGCAGGAGACCAGUGGGCGUGGUCAUCCAAAGGCGCUCUGCUAG